AUGACUUCGCGCGGUUCCCGUCAAUCCGCCAUUUUGCUCCUUCCCACAUACCACAUCUUACUCAUCGCGGGGGAGAGAAGGGGAGAGAGCGGCAAAGGCGAGGAGGAGGAUGAGGAGACAGAGCAUAGGGAGUUACGCGGAGAUCCCGAUGGGCUGGUGGCGCGGGGUGAAGGGGAUGGUGCGGCUGGGAGAAAGGCGGAUGCGGAGGAUGGUGGAGAGACGUUGGAGGAUGUGGUGGGGGAUAUGCUGCCCAGAUGGCUGCUGGACAGGGCGUGCGAGUUAGGGUUUGAGCGCCCCACAGAGACCCAAAGGCAGGCUCUGCCGGUGCUGCUCACCGGCCACGACGCCAUCCUUCACGCACAGACGGGGUCGGGCAAGACGGUGGCGUUUCUGCUGCCGCUGCUGGCAAGCAUCGACCCCUCGCGCAGGGCGCUGCAGGCCAUGGUGCUGCUGCCCUCGCGCGAGCUCGCCAUGCAGGUGCGCUGCCAUGCCAUGCAGGUGCGCUGCCAUGCCAUGCAGGUGCUCUGCCAUGCAGGGAGAAUUGGAGCUUCUGCAUCCAUGGGGACCUGGGUGAGAUUUCAAGGGAUUGAGAGUGAGUGCAUCCGUUACUUCCCCCCUUCUGCCGCCAAUACCUCUCCCUCCCCGUCUUCUCCCUCGCCCGUUCCGCUGGGGGUGGUGAAGGGGCGGGGGGAGGGGGAGGCGGAUGGGAGUGAGGACGAAGGGGAGGAGGGUGUGGAUGAGGGAAGUGGUGAGGGAGAGAUGGAGGGGACAGGAGAGGAAGAGGAGCAGCGGCGGAGAGGGAAGAAGGGGCGGAUGGGCAGGCAAGGAGGAAAGGGGAAGGGUGGGGAAUGGAAAAGGGCGAGUGGGAGGCAAGGAGGCAAGGCAGGCCGAGAGAGGGUGGGUGUGAUGGUGGUGGGUGGGGAUGGAGAGUCCAACAAGCCAACGAGGAGACAAAGUGUCUGGCUCAAGGCGGAGCCCCCGCAUGUGCUGGUGGGCACGCCGGGCGCCAUUCUCGCCCUGCACCGCCGCCACCCCCUCGCCCUGCACUCCCUGCGCUUCCUCGUCGUCGAUGAGGUGGAUGCAGUGUCGGUGUCAUCCAAGCUGUCCGGAUGGCAGUCCCUCCACAAGCUCAUCUCGCUCUGCCCGCCGCCAUGCCAACACGCACUCGCAGGGCAAGCAGGGGCCGGUGGUGUUGAGAGGAAGGGGGAGCGCAAGGGCGGUGGAGGGGAGAGGCAGACGGUGCUGGCGACGGCGACGGUGCCUCAAGCGAAGAGGUUCAUACGCGAUGUGAUUCACUGCAAGUGGGUCAACGAGGCAGUGGUGUAUCUGCACGUGCACUCCACCAUGCCACCAGGGCUCAUCCACCGAUAUGCCACGUGCUCAUCCCCGUCCAAGAAGCUUCCUCUGCUAUUGGACCUGCUACAGGUGGAUCGUCCCACUGCUGCCAUGGUGUUUGUCCGGCAACUGAGUGACAAGGAGCGCAGUGCAGGCAAGGAGAGUCCGUGCCGUGUCGUUGCAUCCUUCCUCUCCUCUCACCUCACCUCCACUGCCAGCCAGCCAUUCACCAACGAUUCUACUGUUAAUGAUGGUGCUAAGGUGGAGGAGGAGGAGGUGGAGGGGGUUACCAUGUCAGGGCAUGGCACAGAGUCUGCGAGUGGUCGGGGGCAUGGCACCAAUGGGGGAGAGCCUCUGGUGUGGUGUUUGGAGGAGGAGGGAAAUGUGCAUGCUCGCACCAAUGCUCUAGAGGAGUUCCGGUCGUCGUCAGCUCCGCAUCGCGUCAUGGUAACCACUGACUUUGCAUCGCGAGGCCUUGAUAUUCCCGCUGUCUCGCACGUCUACAGCGCUGACUUGCCGGGGGACACUGUUGUUUACACGCACCGUGCUGGCCGCACAGGAAGGGACCCGUUUGGGGGACAAGGAGGGGUUGUGACAUCACUAGUAGGGAGGUCGGAAGUUUUUGCUGUGGAACGAAUUGCCAAUGAGCUGAACCUUACCUUUGAAGUGGUAUGUGAUUCUUGA